AAUGGCAUCAUCAUGACAUAAGGCAUAAGCAGCCUUUGCGGAAGAAGGCCCUGACACAAAACAUCGCCUGUCCAUGUUCUCCAGAGACCCUCCGUAACUUUGUGUCUAGCCUUUUUUGUUAUGUGAAUAUCCUUUGCAAAACAAAAAUCAAAGUGGUUCUUGCUGAUUAGAAGGUAACACAUGCAAAGCAUGCACUGGGUAAAAUGCUGCACAUACACGGGGUCAGGUAGCAAGCCUGCUGAGAGUAAAAUCUUAAAAUCUUGAGCUCUUGAAAUCGAAGCACUGUUGGCUUGAGUGUGGAAUCAAAAUGUCUGAGCAAAAUCGGAGUGAGUUCGCACCAAAGGAAAUCACUCCCAACGGUUUUUAGUUCUUUAAUUUUUGUUUUAAAGAUACAGCACGGAAACGGGCCACAACGGAAACAACGCACCGACCAGCAAUCCCCGCACAUGAACACUAUCCUGCACUAGGGACAAUUUACAAUGAUACCAAGCCAAUUAACCUACAAACCUGUAUGUCUUUGGAGUGUUCUGAAGAUAUUGGAGAAAACCCACACAGGUCACGGGGAGAAGGUACAAAUUCCGUACAGACAGCGCCCGUACUCAGGAUCGAACCUGGGUCUCUGGUGCUGUGAGGCAGCAUCUCAACUGCUGCCUCCCCUUUAUUCUAGCAUGGAAACAGGCCCUUCAGCCCACCGAGUCUGCACCGACCAGCGAUCACCCCGCACACUAGUUCUAUCCUACACGCUAGGGAGAAUUUACAGAAGCCAAUUAACCUAUAAACCUGCACGUCUUUGGAACAAGAGCACCCGGAGAAAGCUCAUGCAGUCAUAGGGAGAACGUACAAACUCCGUAAAGACAGCACCCGUAGUCAGGAUCAAACCUGGAUCUCUGGCGCUGUGAGGCAGCAACUCCACACUUGUGCCACUGAGCUGCCCAAGAUUCUAUAUGAGCCAGUUUUGUUUCCAUACUUCUCCACACAACCACCUCAACCAACAGCAAGGAUAGGAUGUCCAUGUCCUCAUCCAUCACACCGUUACUGUCCACAUUUAACAGAUAUUUUCUGUCAACGUUAAAGUGAUUCCACCACGAGACACGUCUUUCUCCUACGUCAGUGCACCACAAUCACCAUCACAAUCACAAUCAGUUUUAUUCGUCACAUGUGCAUAAAGUACAAUGAACAAGAACACACAAAAACACAAUAAAAAUUUACAUAAACAUCCACCACAGCAUUCAUCACUGCGGUGGAAGGCACAAUGUUUGGCCAGUCCUCCUCCAUUUCCCCCCGUGGUCGGGACCUCAACCCUCCGCAGCUGCCGCUGCCGGGAGUCCAGAUGAGUUGUUUCUCCCAAAACCCCCUAGUUUCCUCGUUCAUCUCCACCAACACCUUUAGUCCUCGUGCUACCGUCCUGUGCAACCACAGGAGAUGCAACACCUGUCCCUUGUACCGUACACCUCCAACCACCCAUGGCCUCAAAACACACAAAACAUUUGCCAACGUGUUUCAUUUGAAGCGUGUCAUCUGCUUUAUGCUGAAGAAACCAAAGGCAGAUCGGGUGACCAUUGGAAGCCGGCUAUCACGGCAUUUAAGAAACUUUCCAACAGGUACAUGGAUAGGAUAGGUUUAGAGGGAUAUGGGCCAAACACAUGCAGGUGGAAUUAGUGUAGAUGGGGCAUCUUGGUCGGCAAGGAUAGGUAGGGCCGAAGGGCCUGUUUUCAUGCUGUAUGACUAUUGACUCUCUAGAGUCACUCAGGGGGAGUGACCUUAGUCACUACACUCAGGUAGAAGAGGUAACUUUGAGUUUCUAUUUGCCUGCCACAUAAUUCUCCUUCCCAUUGUUACUCUGGUCGCAUAAACCGUUCCAACGAAGCCCGAUGCAAAGUCCUAUGGUCCCAUAAUUGCCAUAGAGGGAGUGCAGAGACGGUUCACCAGACUGAUUCCUGGGAUGUCAGGACUGUCUUAUGAAGAAAGACUGGAUACACUUGGUUUAUACUCUCUAGAAUUUAGGAGAUUGAGAGGGGAUCUUAUAGAAACUUACAAAAUUCUUAAGGGGUUGGACAGGCUAGAUGCAGGAAGAUUGUUCCCGAUGUUAGGGAAGUCCAGGACAAGGGGUCACAGCUUAAGGAUAAGGGGGAAAUCCUUUAAAACCGAGAUGAGAAGAACUUUAUUCACACAGAGAGCGGUGAAUCUCUGGAACUCUCUGCCACAGAGGGUAGUUGAGGCCACUUAAUUGGCUAUAUUUAAGAGGGAGUUAGAUGUGGCCCUUGUGGCUAAGGGGAUCAGGGGGUAUGGAGAGAAGGCAGGUACGGGAUGCUGAGUUGGAUGAUCAGCCAUGAUCAUAUUGAAUGGUGGUGCAGGCUCGAAGGGCCGAAUGGCCUACUCCUGCACCUAAUUUCUAUGUUUCUAUGUUUCUAUAAUCAGUGCUUAACAGAAGGGUGGGAAACCAAGCGUUUGUCUACCACGGUAACAACUGACUCAUGAAACCUCAACUUCUCUCCCAGACACGUCCUUACACACUUCCUGCUCUUCCGCCGAGCUGCUUAAGCCGAAAGUAAAUGGCGCGUGAAGUCUUGCGGUAGCUCUCCGCGGGCAAAAGACAGACUCCGUGUGCCUUCAACCAGAACAAUUUCUUUCUCGUAACCUAUAAGAAACAUUAUCAACUGGCAGUAUCGCAUUCUAGUGGCAGGGUGGUACGACUCCAUCGCUCCAUCGCCAUUGGAAAGAGGUUCCUUUCACUGACUGCACAUCAGCGCAGAACAGCUCCUUGCAGGCAUGCCGGGGAUGUGGUGCAGUCUUUCUGCGUUGCUUGUUGUUCUACCCUGUCUGGCUGUAAUGGGACAAGACACAAGUGAUGCGUCAGCGUUGCCGACUUCAACCUCUGCUGACACGAGCACCGUUACGUCACACAACGCAUUGGAGAAAUCCGAGUCGACCGUACCAAAGUCUCUUGUAGAGAGCGUUACCAAUCCGCGCAGCACAAGUGAAACAACAGCACGGUUAUCUACCUCGACGUCUGUUGUAACUGUUGCCGAUGCGUCGCAACAACAAAGCACAUGGAAACCAGUCGCGUAUUCUCAUCCACCUGAGACAACUUCCACUGCAGUGACUCCAAGCCCCAGCACCCACUCCGCAAACAUCAGAGGGAGCUCACCAACGGUGUCAUCUCAGUCCCCAACCACUGAGCACAUUGAAGGUACAACUGGAAGUACCAUCCAACUCACUUCCAGAACAGUUGGGGCCCUCUCCACAACAGGGUAUCUGUCCCAAACAACCCAAGGCGAGACUUCCUCUCAGCCGACCACCACCCACCUGAUGGAAUCAUCCACCACUCCUGGACUGGAAGUGGAGACCAAUACCAAUGGAUCUGUGCAUUGGGCGACGGAUGAGCCCAAAACUGACCUCACCACGACUGAGGUCACGUCGUUCUCUACUCCAACCACCAAUACAUCGGAGGGCCUCCUCGGCCCAGGUGUGAGAGGUAAAGGCCAGCAUCCUCCAUCCAGGGGCGUGACUUCCACGAAGACGCCAACUCCCCACGCCCGUCCAACGACCACUGCCAGCACAGCGGUGACAUCCAGCGGCAAACUGAGGCCAGCCAUUCCCACCGCCUUCAGAGUCACCACCAGAAGUCGCGACCGACAUACAACGGCUCAAGCGGCAACCAAGAAAAUUGGCCUGGUGACUCAGUGCCUGAUCGUCAUUGCUUUCCUGGCGGGGCUCUGCACCAUUUUUGUCAUCUGCACCAUCGUCCUCUGCACCAAGCUGUCGGCACAGAGGCACAACUACAGAGUUAAUCAGAUGAACGGCACGGAACUGGUAUGUAUUUCUGCUCUGCUGCCCGAGGAAGAACGAAAGAUGAGGAAAAAGCUGAGGCCAAAGCGGCUACGAGAAUUCACAGAGGCUGGGAAAUCCAGCGACACCGAUGACGAUGACCUUACCCUCCACAGCUUUGUGACCGAACACUAGAGCUGUCCAUUACGUGCAGGCUCAGAGUCACCCGCCUAGGCCCUAGAUAGUCAUGUAGUAACGGGGAUGAACCGAGGGUCGAGCUUUGAUUAACAAUAUGAAAGAAACUCUACGGACUUUCUAUUACUGAGUAAUCAAGCAGUUUCAAGCAGUCGUGGUUUUCUCUCUGCUUUGUUGCGCAGGACUACCAACAUCUGCAGUUCCUUCCUAAAUAUAUCAAAAUAUCCUCAAGGUAUGCCAGCUGUGAAGAAGUUUCUCCUUCUCUCACAGACGAGAGUUUUCUGCAAGUCUGAAGAGGGUCUCAACCCGAAACGUCACCCAUUCCUUCUAUCCAGAAAUGCUGCCUGUCCCGCUGAGUUACUCCAGCAUUUUGUGUCUAUCUUCUUAUGUAUCUUCUUAUAAAGCUUUGGUAGUGAGCGGACCAGUUUCAGUUCAUGUUUGACUGCAAAGAUCGGGUUGCUAUGCAGAACUUUCAUGCUCUAAACACAUUUUUUAGACAUCCUAGGUAUAAAUAAAAACACUUAAAAGAUGUUUUAUUGUGGACUUGCUUCAGCACAUUAAGAGAUAUGAUCAUUGGAUGCAAAGUGUUGAUAACGGAUUAAGUCACAAGAUGUUCCGCGGCCCAUUUGAAGAAUGUUUGCACACUGGAGUGUUCACACCUGAAGCAUUGGUUUCUUCUUCAUGUUAUAGGUGCCAUUUGGCCCAUUCUUCUGUGACCAAUCCAAUCUUUUGGCCUUGGGAACUAAUUCUCUGGAUGGCACAAAGGAUUAAUAUUAACAUAUAUUAAAUAAUAUAACAUAAUAUUAAUAUAUAUAAUAUUAAAAUGAAAUGCUAACAUAAUGGCACCAUAGGCGGGAUUAAUCUACCUAACAAAGGCCUCUAAAACUGAGAAGGUUUUUGGUAAAGUGUAAAGUAAAUAUUUCUUUACUCCAGUUGUUGUCUCAAUGCUGAGAAAUUACUGACUAUUGAUAAUUACUGAUUGCUUACAAGAUGGGGAAUUAAGGGCUGACUUGUACGGAGGCAGAGAUGAGGCCUGGGACAGAUCAGCCAUGAUCAGUUUGAUCAGCAGGGAAGACAUGCGCAGAGUACAGAGUGCUGGAAGAACUCAGUGGGUCAGGCGGCAUCUUUGGAGGAGAUGGAUAAGGCAACAUUUUGGGUCGGGACCCUUAGUGAAGGGUCAAGAUUAGCUACAAAUGGUGGUGUUUCCUUGUUUGGACUUCAGACUUUACUUUAGAGAUACAGCAUGGAAACGGGCCCUUUGGCCCACUGGGUCCACACCGCCCGGUGAGAUUCCCGUACGCUAGCACUAUGCAACACUCUAGAGACAAUUUAUAAUUUUUACCAAAAUUGAUUAACCUAUAGAUUAACCUACAGAGUGCGGGAGGAAUCUGGAGCACCCGGAGGAACGCCGCGCAGGGAGAACGCACGGGGAGAACGUGCAAACUCCGUACAGACAGUACCCGGGUCUCUGGCGCUGUAAGGCAGCAACUCUGGCCCCAACAUUGGGGCAACAUGGUUCCUGUUAUCGUUGCCCUUUCAAGCGGGAGGGAGUUAGAUGUGGCCCUUGUGGCUAAAGGGAUCAGGGGGUAUGGAGAGAAGGCAGGUACAGGAUACUGAGUUGGAUGAUCAGCCGUGAUCAUAUUGAAUGGCGGUGCAGGCUCGAAGGGCCGAAUGGCCUACUCCUGCACCUAUUUUCUAUGUUUCUAUGUUUCUAAGCGAUUCCAUUCGUGCGUUCAGGAGGUGCUGUCGAAAGCGUCUAGGGGUGGCUGUUGGACAGGUUGUUGAUGGUCUAUCCAGCGAGCUCAGUUCACCGGUUGCGGAGGGAAUGAAUGUUUAGAUGAUGGCCGCAGGGCCAGACUAGCUGGCUGACUUGUUGGAUGGUAUCAAGGUUUGGAGUAGACUUUGUGGUGACAGAACAAAGUAACUCAGCACAGAACAAGCAUCUUGUGAACAGUCACAGUGAGGGAUCAGUUUGAGUUUCUGGUCUACAGUAAAUGCCGGGAUGUUGAUGAUGAGGGACUCAGCGGUCAUUCUGCCUUUGGAUUUCAGGUGUCGGGUGUUGGAUUAAGGGUUCUGGAGAUGGUUGUGUGGAGUGAGUGUUAUUUGCCACAGAUCGGCCCGAUCAAUUCUUUAAUAUCAAUAUAAUCAAGCAAAGUCAGGAUAGUUUUAGGAGAGUUUCUGAUUUAAGCAAUUUAUUGAAGUUCUUUGAAGAAGUAACAGCAGUGAUGAAUAAAGAGGAACUGGUGAAUUGAAAAAUUGAAAGGUGCAGCAUGAAAACAGGCCAUUUGGCCCAUCGCCUCUGCUGCUGAAACGCCUCCUCAAAUCUGUGCUGCCCGUUAACUUACAUUUAGUGUAGAGAUACAAGAAAGAAACAGGCCCUUCUGCCCACCAGGUCCAAGCCGACCAUUGAUCACCUGUUCACACUAGUUCUCUGUUAUUCCACUUCUGUAUUCACACUCUACACUCUAGGCAAUGUACGUAAGUCAAUUAACCUGCAAACCCGCACGUCUUUGGGAUGUGGGAGGAAACCGGAGCACCUGGAGGAAACCCACAGAAACCGUUUGGAUCCGAAACUAUUCUACUUACCGUGAACAAUCUAAUUUGGCUUUUCCAAUGCAGAUUCAUUCAUUAGUCACUAUCUAAAUAGAAUUUUGAAAAAUCCUGUUGUAAACCAUGUUAUAAUAUGUAAUUCAUGCUCCUGAAUAGAUUGGAAGUAUGUAUCUGGUUGUACAACAAUACCAGGAAAAGUAAUGUGAAAUAUUUCAUUCAUUUACUAUUAUCUGAUGAUCUGGCAUUGUGUGCUCACUGUUGCUCCACUCGUUAAGGAUGCUAAUUCAUCGGGAACAGUUCAGAUAAAACAUUUUUUUUUUUUUUUUAAUUUCAAAAAAUAAACUUUCCACAGAAUAAAAAAUAUAUACAAGACAAAAACUAUGCAAUCAAUGGUGUCAUACUUUCAACAGAGUCACACUCAGUAAUGUUCGCACCGAUCAUUCGUCAAAACACCAUUGCAACGGUGGCACAGCGGUAGAGUUGCUGCCUUACAUCCCUCACAGCGUCGAAGACCCGGGUUCGAUCCCGACUACGGGUGCUGUCUGUCUGGUGUUUGCACGGUCUCCCCGUGACCGCGUGGGUUUUCUCCGAGAUCCGCGGUUUCCUCCCACACUCCAAAGGCGUACAGGUUUGUAGGUUAAUUGGCUUUGAUAAAUGUGAAAUAUGUCCCUAAUGUGUGUAGGAUAUUGUUAACAUGCAGGGAUCUCUGGUCGGCACGGACCCGGUGGGCCGAAGGGCCUGUUUCCGCACUGUAUCAUCUAAUCCAAUCUUAAAAAAUAAUCUAAAACUCAUUUGCCCCCUGGGAUGAUAUCCCCCGACUUAUUUGGGUGGUGUCCCCACCGGACUCUGGCCUUUUACAUCCAGCAGUGGAACGAUCCGAGAAUAUGGUCCUUUUAUUUAGUUUAGUUCAGAGAUACAGCACGGAAAAAGGCCCUACGGCCCACUGAGUCCGCACCGACCAGCGACCCCCGCAUACUAACACACACUAUGGACAAUUUACAAUUUUACUGAGCCAAUUUGCCCGUGCGUCUUUGGAGUGUGGGAGGAAACCAGAGAUCCUGGAGAAAAACCCCUUGCAGGUCACGGGGAGAAUGUACACACUCCGUACAGACAGCACCCGUAGUCAGGAUCGAACCCGGGUCUCUGGCGUUGUAAAGCAGCAACUCUACCGCUGUGCCACCGUUGAUCUACACAAACAAGGGGCUGCACACUUCACCUUAAGAUGAUGUGAUUUAUUUUCUCCACAAGUGUCACGUGCAUUCAGCAGUCUCCCUCAAAGGGGGGUGGAAGCAGAUCCCUUGACCAUUUCUAUUGCAGGUAGAGGCAGGUGUUCUGAUAAGCAAGGAAGUGAAAGGCUUUGAGGGAGGCAGCAAUGAGGCUUUGUCACAAUCAGAUCACUCAUAAGCUUGUUGAAUAUCACAUGCUUGAUGGGCCAUUUGCCUUACUUCUGUUCCAUGUUUCUAUGUUUAUAUCCAGUUCCCUUUUCUGCUUCAGCUGCCCUUUGUGCAAGUCCGAACAACUCGGCGUUGAUUAAAUAUUUCCUUGUCUUGUAGUUUUUUUUAGUUUAGUUUAGUU